AUGUCAACUGGAGAAAAGUUUGUAGAUCUUAGUGGAGAGCCCAGAGAAUUUGGUGUUGUCCCCGGAGUGGAGGAGGAAGCAUUAGGUGCCAGCAUGGAGGUGCCUCGAGCAUCCAUUGCUGCCGUUGUUCACGCACCCAAUGGGUUGUCCGAGCUGGGGGAGCCGAUAGCAGGCGAACCUGCUGUUCCUGUUGGGGGUGCAAGAUCCCAAGCAGUGGAGGAAACGCCAUUGGGCGCCCACGCUAUGCGUGGGGCAGCUGGGUGCAAUGAUGGGUGUGUAAGGCCAGCAGGUGCAGUUGAGGAGCGCAGAGGGGGUGGACAGCUGGGGCGUGUAGCAGUUGUGGAGGCGCCAUUCAUUCAGGCACUGGGCGCCGAGGCCACUAUGGCCGCGCUAAGAUGUCUUCUAUGGGUGCUAAGGAAAUAUUCUAGAGAUGCUGGCCGCUCGAAAGGAGGCGCUAGAUGCCGAUAUGGGUGGCCAUAA